AUGGACUCUUUAUCAUAGUCCAAAAAAUUUUCAGAUUACUAUAAAAUUGAUAAAAAUAAAAGUUUUGGAAAUGGACAAUAUGGAGAAGUUUAUGCAUGUGAAAAGAUAAAUGAUAAUAAUAAUAAUGAAAAGUAUUGUGUUAAGAUCAUACCAAUAAUGUAAAAGGAAAAUAAUCGGGAAUAGCUUAUAAAUGAAACAAUAAGAAAUUAUACUAAAAAUAAUCCUUAGUUUGUUAAUAUUGUUUAAACAUUUGAUACUUUUUAGGAUAAUUAUUCUGUAUAUAUAGUAAUGGAAUAAUGUGAAGAAGAUUUAUCUUCUGAAUUUGAAAGAAUGAAUGAAUAAAAAAUUUGGUAUACUGAAUAAUAAGUAUUUGAUAUAAUUAGGUAAAUUAUAACAGCUCUCAAAGAACUUUAUAAUUUAAAAAUAAUACNUUAAUAAAUGUUGCACAUUAUUCCUAUUCUCCUCAUAUCAUUAAACUAUAAUCAUCCUCAAUAAAAACUUAUCUAAUAAAGUAGAUUUAUAUAAUAUUUUAUUAAGUAAUCUCAUAUGUACAAGCUAUUUAUACUUUUUAUCAGAAUAGAAUUCCAUUCAUCUACAAAUCUAAUUAGAUUUUGUAUUCAUCCUAAUUUUAUUAUAAGCAUAUCUCAAAUUUGA